ACAACUUGCAGCUCAUCUUGUGUUUGCCAGAUCAGCCAGACCACGAUCGAUCAUUGAGGUUACUGUACUCUGCCUCAGCUGCUCGUCCACAAGUAUGGAGUCCUGUUUUCUGAUCGUCGCUUUCCUCUUUGCUUUCAGUCUUUCCAAUGGAGAAAGGACGCUGAAGUUUGUCACUGUGCUUUAUCGUCAUGGUGACAGAUCUCCAAUCAAGGCCUAUCCAACUGAUCCCUAUAAGGAGAGUGACUGGCCCCAGGGUUUUGGACAGCUCUCUCAGGAGGGAAUGAAGCAGCACUUCGAACUGGGUCAGUUUUUAAAGAAACGCUACACAGGAUUCCUGAGUGAGGACUAUGACCGGCAUGAGAUAUUCAUCAGAAGUACAGAUGUUGACCGGACUCUAAUGAGUGCAGAAGCAAACCUGGCUGGCAUGUUCCCACCUAAUGGUUCUGAGGUGUUUAAUCCAGAUUUGAAAUGGCAACCAAUACCUAUUCACACUGUCCCAGCGGAUGAAGAGAGGCUGCUCUCAUUCCCUCUGGAAGAUUGUCCACGUUACACACAAUUAAUGAAUGAGACUGAAAAAACAGGCAUUUUUCUUAACAUGACUGAAAUCUACAAGGGCUUAAUAGAGAUGGUGAGAAAUAAAACAGGACUGGAGAAAGCCAACAUUGAGACUAUUUGGAGUUUGUAUGACACCUUGUUCUGUGAGGCAAAACAUGGGAUGCGACCACCUGAUUGGGUUACUUCAAGUGUGAUGGAGACGCUAAAGGUGUUAAAGAACUUUGGUUUUCAGAUUCUGUUUGGCGUGUACAAGAGAAAGGAGAAGUGCAGACUUCAGGGAGGCCUGCUGUUAGAUCAGAUCAUUAAGAAUCUCUCAAAUGCAGCAGCACCGGACUCUAAACAGGAAGUGAAGAUGAUGGUAUACUCAGCUCAUGACACCACAAUUGUAGCCCUGCAGGAAGCUCUGAAUGUCUUUAAUGGCCUGCAGCCACCUUAUGCCUCAUGUCAUCUAAUUGAACUUCACCAGGAAGAGAACGGGCUGUUUACAGUGCAGAUGUUUUAUCGCAAUGACACUAAUGUGUCUGAGCCGUACCCUGUGUCUUUACCGGGCUGUUCUCAGCGUUGCCCGCUACAGGACUUUGUGAACCUCACACGUGAAGUCAUACCACAAGACAGGAAUAAAGAUUGUCAGAUAAGGAAGGAAGCCACAGACACUGAGGUCAUCAUUGGGCUAGCUGUGUGUGGAUGUCUUCUCUUCCUCCUGGUACUGCUGCUGUUUGUAGUGCUAUGCCGUCUAAAAGAGCCCAUGGCUAGCUACAGUCAUGUCAUAAACGAGAGUGACUCCUGACAAUCAUAUCGGCUCCUCCGCACAGAGGAACUGUGGGACAGUGAAGAGGACCUAUGAGGACACAGCGCCGAGUUGUUGAGAAACUCUUAAGACAACUGAAAAGACAGAACUAUUUUUGGCCACACGUUUUUUACACUGAGGAACACUUGGUAAUGUCUUAUUUACUUCUCUUAUCUUAAAUGUAAAUCAAGAGUUGUGAUGGUGUCAAUAGCAUUAACAUAACAAUGCUUAGUGCACAGACACAUAACUAAGCAACUUGACUUCAUGUCCGUCUUGGGCUCUGGGAUUUUAUUGUAAUGGAAGAGUGUGUACAAAUGUCAACGGUGGAACUAAAACUUGAACUCAAAAUAUCUGAGAUGUGGACUAGAUUGAAGCUCCUCGGCUGUCCUACUGUUUGUGCUCCCAGGCCAUUAAUUCUACUGUACUUAAAAGCCUACUUAAUAUACUUUGAGGCCUUUUAAUGCACUCAUGGAAUUUUACCCUCAUGCUUUUUAUGUGAUUAUCUCCUGAUUUACAGCCACAGAAGAGUUUUGAUUAGUACAUUUCAGAAUAACAACAUGCUGAUAUGAACAGUCUUCUCAGGUUAAGCUCAAAUGAGCUUUUAUUGGAGUUGUUUAAUCGUGUAGUUUCCUUAAUGUUUUGUCAUUCCACUUUGAUCACGUGAAUACGAAUUACAUUUUAGAUUAAGUUAUGAAAGAUGCUUUCAUGUCUCAAUACAGUAAAAAAAUCAGUUCCAGGUGCAUCAUAUUUAAUACAAAAUUGUUAGACUGAUAAACAUGCCCAGUAAGAAUAAAAAAAAAUAUAUAUAUUGCCACUCAACAUUUAUAUGCAAUGUGUCCAAAUUGUUCUAAUCUUUAAUGUUUUGUUUGUUUUUAAUGAUUGUCUUUUUACUGUCUUAGUGCACAUCUCCUCAGCUUGACUGAAAA